AUGAUCUUUCUCUGUCGGUGGAAUGUCCUGGAUGCACUACUACUGGUUCUGGUGCAAGGCUGGGUGCAGUCCAUGAGUCAGGAGUAUGAUUACUACAGCUGGCCUUCAGAUAACUUUCAGCAUGGACACUUCUAUACCAAGCAAUCACAGUGUGUGGACAUCCCAGCAGAUCUGCAGCUCUGCCACAAUGUGGGUUACAAACGAAUGCGCUUACCUAAUCUGCUGGAACAUGAAUCUAUGCCUGAGGUCAAGCAACAAGCCAGCAGCUGGGUACCUCUCCUGGCCAAGAGAUGCCACUCAGACACACAGGUUUUCCUCUGCUCUCUGUUUACGCCCGUCUGCCUGGAUCAGCCCAUCUAUCCAUGCCGUUCCUUAUGUGAAGUUGUGCGUGAUUCAUGUGCGCCUGUCAUGGAAUCCUAUGGCUUCCCCUGGCCAGAUAUGCUCAACUGCAACAAAUUUCCUUUUGACAACGACCUCUGCAUCACAGUGCAGUUUGGAAACAACCAAGUUACACAGCCACCAGUGUCGAAGAUUUGCACCCAGUGCGAGAUGGAACACAAAGCAGAUGGCAUCAUGGAGCAGAUGUGUUCCAGUGACUUUGUGGUGAAGAUGCGCAUCAAGGAGAUCAAAAAGGAAAAUGGGGAGAGGCGAUUAGUGGCCACUCAAAAGAAAAAAAAACUGCUCAAAGUGGGGCCACUGAAACGCAAGGACACCAAAAAGCUGGUACUGUAUAUGAAGAAUGCAGGCACCUGUCCAUGCCCUCAGCUUGAUGACCUCAGUGGCAGCUUUCUGGUUAUGGGCCGAAAAGUGGGUGGCAGACUGCUAGUCUUGGCCAUUUACCGCUGGGAGAAGAAGAACAAGGAAAUGAAAUUUGCAGUUAAGUUCAUGUUCUCUUAUCCAUGUUCCUUGCACUAUCCAUUCUUUUAUGGAUCAGACCCCCACUGA